GGUUUAAAACUACAUGCUGCACACUACAGUGUGGUGAUUUCAUGUCGUGCGUAAAGAGAGUAAAGAGUUAAACUGAGCACAGUCCUCUCGUUUCCUCCUCCCACCAACUCCUUCAUAAACAAACCUGCAAAGAUCCGCUGUCAGUCUUUUUCUUUCUUUCUUUCUUUCCCACUGCUAACUCUGGGAGGAGAAGAUAAAGCUGGGCUUUUGGGAGACAGAUGUUGUAGCAGAAAUGGCUCAAGCAGCUGAAAGGAGAGUGGAAAGCUCCACAUCUGCUUUCCCUGAAAUAAUCGAGCUGAAUGUCGGCGGACAGAUUUACGUGACGCGCCACUCAACUUUACUCUCCGUCCCGAACUCUUUACUCUGGAGCAUGUUUCAGGAGCACAGCUCGUCCCAGCUGACCCGGGACAGCAAAGGGCGCUACUUUAUAGACCGGGACGGAUUUCUGUUCCGGUACAUCCUGGAUUACCUGCGCGACAAGAACCUGGCGCUGCCCGAGUACUUCAAAGAGCGAGCGAGUCUGCAGAAAGAGGCUGAGUUUUUCCAGCUGCCCGAUCUGGCACGUCGUCUCCGGCCUCCUCAGGUCAGUAAGGAGAACUCUAUCGGGGAUGAGGCGUUUCACAGCGACCCGGAGGAAGCAGCGGUGUCGUGCGCCCUCGCCAGUGCCAGUGCCAGCGGCAGCAGCGCCAUCGGGCCGCGCUCUCCGUCUCUGGAAGCGCGCAAGUCUGGCUACAUCACCGUCGGCUACCGCGGCUCGUACACGAUCGGACGCGACAUCCAGAACGACGCCAAGUUCCGCCGUGUGGCCCGGAUUACCGUGUGCGGCAAAACCUCGCUCGCCAAGGAGGUGUUCGGCGACACGCUGAACGAGAGCAGGGACCCCGACCGCCCCCCGGAGAGGUACACGUCCCGCUAUUACCUCAAGUACAACUUUCUGGAGCAGGCGUUCGACCGGCUGGCCGAGGUGGGCUUCCACAUGGUGGCGUGCAACUCCACAGGGACGUGUGCGUACACCAGCAGCGACCCCAAUGAGGACAAAAUCUGGACCAGUUACACCGAGUAUGUGUUUUGCAGAGAGUGAGGCGAGGUGGACCUGCUUUUUUUCUUUUUGUUGUUGGAACCCGUGCCAAUUUCCACCAGUUUCAUAGCACUGCUACACGUGUACUCUCACAAAUGAUGGUACCAAACUGUACUUUUCCUUGUCACUUGAGUGGUACCAUCAAGGGUACAUCUUGUACCUUCAGUAUGUAUCUUUUACCUGGAAAAGUGCAUGUGGUGCACUUUUUAAUCACUUGUCCUCAAGGUCCAAUUAUGUACCUUAUAUUAUUUUUAACUGGGAAUGAUACAUAAAGGAUGUACCCUUGAUUCUACCACACCAGUGGCAAGCAACAGCACAGUUUGGAACCAUUAUUUCAGAGAGUGUACUCUCAAAAAAGGUACUAAUGCUUGUCAUUGGGGUUGUAUAACCACAAGAGUGUACGACUUGUACUUGUAGCAUGUAUCAUUCACCUAGGGAAGUGAAGUAGCAGUGUAGUGUACCUUUAAAAUUCCUGUCAUACCUUAUAUCAGGGGUUCUCAGCUCCAGUUGUGGGACCCUCUACCACCCUGACACACCUGAUUCAACAGAUUGACCCCUUUCAUGGGUCAGAGGUGUGUCAGAAGUAGAGAGAAAUUGAGAACCAUGGGUGAUGCACGGAAAGGAAGUUUGGAGAUGAUUCCAGUGCCACGAGCCCUAAGAAGACCCAAGAGAAUGAAAAUUGUUCAGUGUGUUAAUCUGUCAGGGUGCCAAAAAUGUCUGCCUUAAAUGUGUUUAAAGGUAAACCACAUCCACUUUGUUAGACAAAGGAUGCAUACUACAGGUACUAAUGAUGUACUAAUGAGGAUACCACAAUAUUGAGAAGCAAUGAUACAGUCUAAUAUCUUUUUUUUUUUUUUUUUUUUUUUUGUUGGCCCCUAGUACAGCUCAGUACCUGUUUUUCCCAGAGUGGGCCUUGUAGAUGUGUGAUAAUAUCAGUCCACACAGAUUAGCAUAAAUACGUAGUGUGUUUGUCAGAAGUUUAAUGAAUAGCAAGCGUCAGAAGCAUUUGGCACUCGUGUUAUUAAGGUUACACAAUUCAGAAAGGUUUGUUAAGAAUGCACAGUAAAAACCCACUCGUGUUUUGAUAUCAUGUGCACACAGGCAUGCCCAGACAUGGGUGGUUUGGUUUGUGCAGGCAUGUGCAGGGAAGGUAAUGUUACCUGUUUGAGGAGAAAUGUGACUGAAAUGUGGAGACCUGUUGCAUGACAUGGAGGACAAGGAGGACAUUGCUCCUCUUUUAACUCACUGCCAUUUCAUCUUAACAUCCCACUGACUGUUUUCCCGGUCGUUGUCCUUUUCUGAUCUCUCCCACUGGAUAUAUUUUUCCAAGUGGUUGCUGUCACUGUCUCAUGGUGUUUUUCAGUAAGCAGAGUUUCAGUUUCCUGUGUGAUGUAAACUGUUUUAGCUCACAUAAAAUCAGCUGUUUCCAUUUUGCUCUAUCAGAUAGCAAUAGGACCCUAAAUAUAUGGCUGUCUCUGUACUAAACAAACUCUCUCACUCUGAAUUUUUAACCAACUCUUUCCCCUCUGAACUAAAUGAUGUGAUUUAUUUUCUUCACACUUGUAUAUUUUAAAUUCCUCAUGGUUUUCUUGUAUGACUGAAACAAUAAACUAAAUAUAAAAAGGCAUUCAUGUUUA